AUGGCAUCCCCCGACCCCUCCCCCGCCUCCGAACUCACCGCCUUCUUCCGCGCCCACCGCUACACCCCCGUCUCCAUCGAGUUCCACCCGCCCCACACCCCCCUCCUCACCUCCGGCCCCCACAUCGCCAUCCCCAAGACCCACCUCCUCGCCGCCUUCCCCCCUGCCUUCCACACCUUCAGCACGCUCCACCCCGCCACGCCCUGGAGCGCGUCCGACGCCCGCGCCCUCCUCGAUGCCACCCUGAUCCUGAUCCUCGUGGCCGCCGAACACACCACGGCCGUCAACACGCGGCGGCGCAUCUUGCAGCUGGGGUUGGGCGAGGAUGUGGUGACGCCGCGGGAGGAGAUGGCGCUGCUGCAGGGCGUGCUGACGAGCCAUCUCGCGAAGCAUAACAAGUCGCCGAGUCUGUGGGGGUAUCGGCGGUGGAUUGUGGAGCGCUGUGGGGUGGGGGUGCUGGGCGCGGGUGGGUUGGAGGGGGAGCUGGAGGUGGUGAGGAGGAGUGGGGAGGCGCAUCCGAGGAACUAUUAUGCUUGGAACUAUGCGCGGUUUAUCGUCGACAAGUUCUACGGCGGUGAUUAUGGGGGGGAUGCUGUUCCACCCCCGCCGCCGCUGCGGGAGUUGGUGGAGAGCCAUGCGGUACUGUGUAGGACGCAUGUGUCGGAUACUAGCUUCUGGUCCUUCCUGCUGUUCUUGUUCUGGAGAGCGCGGGAAUCGUCGUCGCCCAGUGAUGAUUGUGGAUAUAUAUUCAGCAUCACGAAGGACGCGGCAAUCUAUGCGCAUGAUAUGGCCAGAGGGCAUGAGAGCGUGUGGAUAUUUAUACGGACAGUCAUUGUUGACGAAAAGCUACAGCUGAAAGAAGCUGAAUGGCAAGAGUUGAUCGAGAUGGUGGAAGGCUGGGUACAAGAGGCAGAGACUGCCAGUAAUGUAGAUGAAGAGCUGGUACUUGAGAAGAAGGCCCUGCGGUGGAUAUCGAGAAGAUCCGUUACCUCAGAGACUCCACUGGCAGCAGAGACGUAA